GCUACGGCGGACGAGUAUCACUGGGCUACCAACACCGACUACCGCGGCAGUGGCUUCGACUGGGGCCACCUGGCGGCCGCCGCCACCCACAGGGGGAGCCAGAAGGCUAUGCAGGACACCUUCUACCUGAGCAACAUGGUGCCCCAGAAUCCUCAUUUGAACCAGAAAGCCUGGAAUAACCUGGAGAAAUACUGCAGGAGUUUAACAAAGUACAUCAAGAACGUAUAUGUCUGCACUGGCCCACUCUUCCUACCCAGGAUGGAGGCAGAUGGGAAGAUGUACAUCAAGUACCAGGUGAUUAGCAAGAACCAUGGGGCAGUCCCUACGCACUUCUUCAAAGUACUCAUCCUAGAGAAGCUCAAUGGAGAGAUUGAGCUGCGCUCCUACCUGAUGCCCCACAGCCCCGUGGAGGAGACAAUCCCACUUGAACGUUUCCUGGUUCCUAUUGAGAGAAUCGAGCGGGCAGCCGGGCUGCUGUUCGUUCCUAACAUCUUGAAAAGAACAAAUCGUUUACAAGCCAUCACGCCUGGACGCAACAGCUGAACUCACUCAGGGGAUGGAUGACAGAACAUGCUGAGGUGAAGGCAUCCAGUGGAAGGGACUUAACUGUAGUAAUUAUUUAUCAGAGGUAUGUAUGGGCUCAAAUUUAUUCUUUUCCUGCCCCCCCCCCAGCUAUUUUUUUUUUAAAUGGUCUGGGAGCUUUUCAUGGGCCUGCACUAAUUAAUAGGGUGGCCUGUUUCCUGAGGAUGCAAAUACCAAAGAUGCUGUACCCUUGGCCCUAAAAAUGGCUGCUGGAACUUAAUAAAGUCAGUACAGUAUU